AAAGAGCCCAGAACCCAUUUAUGCAGCGUCUGUGCGUACCCAGCAAAACAAAAAACAAAACAAGCAAAUACCGCCCACGCCCGCUCACAUCAUUCGGCCCUUCACACAUCUGCCAAUAAUGCGUGCUCUGAAAUCCUACAACUUCCAAUUCUCCAACCUACGCGUGCCACACCCGAGCCUGGACUUCCUACGCUUUACGCGUGCGGAGGAACCCGCCGACGACACAAACUUCACCGCCAUCGUGUCGACACCGAUAACCAUCGACCUGUCGGUCUUCCAUGGCUACCUGCACGGCUCCUCGAUCGCCGAACUCGUCGCCACCCUGCAGACCGAGCCUGACAUGCAAGGGGCCCCGACCUCCGCCAUUGCCGAGUACGUCAAAGGCCAGAUGUACCUGUUCCAGCACAUCGAAUAUUUCCUGCACCGACCGCGGUACUUUCUGGAGCAGCAGCACAUGUUGCCGCUCAGCAUGCAAGCCAGGACGUCGCUGAUCGAGCGCUACUAUAUGUUUGACGAGCCCGUGAUGCUCGAGCUGCUGGGGCGCAAGCUGACGUCGCGCACGCGCACUGCAUUGCCGGAGGUCGCAGCGCGCGCAAACAUUGCCGUGGCCAGCUGCCGCAGGCAGUUCGAGAAUGCAAAGCGCAUCGCCAAGCAGGUGGAGGACGUCGAGGGCGUGUCGCUGGCAACCGAGAUCAUGCAAAAGUUCGCCCUGCCCGAGGAGCUGGCGAACCAGUACACGCAUAUUCUGUUUCUCACCAUCAACCGCAUUGACACUACCAAGCGCUGUUUGGCCCACUUUUCCUUCAGUGACUUUGACUUUUGCGCUUGCACCAUUAUCGAGCUCUGGACAUCGCCCGCCAGCACCAUGACAUUGGAUAGCAUUGACGCUGAUCUGACUGCGGCUGCCCAGCAGUUGAAGGGAAUGCUUGUUGAUGACCGCGAGCGAUUCGAUGCGUUGUUCGCCAGUCUCCGCCAGGCCAUCCAGACGCCGGGCCAGCCGCUAGUGGCCAUUCUAGAGAACCGAAAUGGCAAGGGCCUUGCGCAGGUGCGCGCGGUUAUGCGGUCCUCGUUUGCCAUUGUCGCCGGCCUGGCUACAACGUCGACUCUGCGUAAUGUCCUGGGGCUCAUUGUCGAAAAGAUUGUCGAUGCAUUCGUCGCCCUGGGGCUACGCUCGGAGGAUAUGGUGGUCAUGUACAAUGCGUUUGUCAUGCAGGCAACGCGGCUCCUCGGCGAACAGCAUGGCCAGGAUACGGCAGCGCUGGUCAAUGCGCUUGAGAGAUCUCUGACAGGCAUCAGGCUGCUUGGCUGCCGCCUGUUCCGAUACAAGCCCAGCCUGUUUGACCAGCUCAACAAGAUCCGGCCCACAUAGCGCGCUGCUGUCUUAUAUGUAAAAUCUUAAUUUUUUUAGUUGCGAGAUAUAGAAAAA